ACUACUCCAGAGCUCUGAGGGAUGAAACGUAAAAGAGCAUUAUCCUGUGUCAGCCAUGAGUGAGCCUCCCCUCUCCUCAUCCACGCUGGUGUCUCUGGCCCGCUCUCUGUCUGGGAUCGGGAUUGACCUCACUAAUGGAGGGCCCCUCACAGCUCCGGGCCCGAACAAUUCCCCUCCUCCGGUGACAGGCAUUGAGCUGGGCCCGGGGCUCUAUUUUGCUGAUGGGAAGCGUAAGGUGGAUUACGUCCUUUCCUUCAAGUGCAAGAAGAGACGAGCAUCCAAGUCGCGUCUGUCCAUUGCAUCCAAUGGCAGCAUGUCCUUCCCCUUCCCCUUCCCGGGCGCCAGGUUUGAUGACGGAGAGUCCGGAGAGUGUCCCACCACAGUUGACCCAGAGGAGCAGAAGCUGACGGAGGAGGAGAAGGUGCUGAUGAGGGAGGAGUUUGAGGCUCAGCUUUUGGAGGCCGGGCUGCACCUGGAGAGGGACAAGGAGAGGGGACAUGGCAUCAGGUUCCUGCGCCUGCACAUCCCCUGGCCCAUCCUCAGCCGCGAGGCAGAACUCCAGAAGAUUAAAGUUGCCGUCAAAAAGAAGUGUGACUUGCGUAAGCGCACAGGCAUUGCGGGCAUGUGGGAUAAGGUUAUGGCCAAAAUGACUACUCCGUUCCAACCGGACAUCCCUGACCUGGAGAUCCAGAGGGACCCCCAGACCCGCAUCCGCUUUAAGACCCUCAAACAUGCCUUCAUCAGGGACAAGCUCCAUCUGUAUGACAUAAAAUCUACAGAGACACUCUUUGACAAUGGCACGCGCAGCAGAAUAGUGGCUGAGAUCAUUUCACGUAUUACCUGUACACAAACUUGUCAAACCACUGGUAUCCAGUCAUUACUGGCUCGAGGAGUGUAUGAAUCUGCCUUCCCGCUACAUGACGGAUCAUUCACUAGGAGAGGACGGAGAGACCAGCGCAAUGACAGACAGAUUCUCCACGAAGAAUGGGCCAACUACGGAGUCAUGCACAAAUACCAGCCCGUGGAUCUGAUCAGAAAAUACUUUGGAGAGCAGAUUGGCCUGUACUUUGCGUGGCUGGGAGUUUAUACUCAGCUUCUCAUCCCUCCCUCUCUGCUUGGCAUCAUCGUGUUCCUCUAUGGCAUCUUCACUGUCGACUCCAACAUCCCCAGUGAUGAGACCUGUAACGACAGGCUGAACAUCACCAUGUGUCCUCUGUGUGAUGGAGUGUGUGACUACUGGCAGCUCAGCUCUGUGUGCUCUUUGGCCAGAGUCACAUACCUGUUUGACAACGGAGCCACCGUCCUCUUUGCCAUCUUCAUGUCUUUGUGGGCUGCGUGCUUCCUGGAGCACUGGAAAAGGCGUCAGAUGUACCUGAAACAUGCCUGGGACCUGACCAGUAUGCAGGACGAGGAGGAGCGUGUGCAGGAGGAACUGAGGCCGGAGUAUGAGUCGGCUCUGCAGGAGAAAAGAGACAAGAUGAAAGCUCAGACCAAAAAGAAGGUGAAAAGUGCAGAGGAGGCCGAGGGAGAGACUGACCGGAUGCUGUUCUCUCAGCAAGAGAUUGAGUCCCUGAACAUUGAAGAUCACAUGUGUGGAUACCUCAUCAACGUGUCAACAUUCAUAUUUUUGAUGCUGGUGACCUUCUCUGCGGUAGUGGGCGUGGCUAUGUACAGGAUUUGCAUGCUGAGUGUGUGGUCCAUGAGCCCAGAUCCUGAGGCCAAAGCCAGUGUCCGUAUGACGGUCACCACCACUGGGAUCGUGCUCAACAUGCUGGUGGUCCUGGUGCUGGAGGAGGUGUACGGAGCCAUCGCAGUCUGGCUUACAGAGCUAGAAAUCCCCAGGACAAAGGAAGAGUUUGAAGAGCGCCUCAUCUUUAAGUCUUUCUUCCUCAAAUCCAUGAACGCAUUUGCACCCAUAUUCUACGUGGCCUUCUUCAAGGGCAGAUUUUCUGGGCGCCCUGGUGACUAUGUUUACGUUUUUGGCGAUUAUCGCAUGGAGGAGUGUGCCCCUCCAGGCUGUCUGAUUGAGCUGUGUAUCCAGCUCAGUAUGAUCAUGCUCGGGAAACAGCUCAUCCAAAACAAUGUCUUUGAGAUCCUUGUACCCAAACUGAAGAAGAUGUACAGAUCUUUCCAAGAGCAGAAGGGAGAGAGGAAAGCUGCAGAGGAGGAAGAAAACGAGGUGGAGGGCAAAAGGCCAAAGCAGCAGUACCACAAGGACUACACGUUGGAGCCAUUUGAGGGUGUCACACCUGAGUACAUGGAGAUGAUUAUACAGUUCGGGUUCGUGUCUCUGUUUGUGGCCUCCUUCCCUUUGGCUCCAGCCUUCGCUCUCCUCAACAAUGUCAUCGAAAUCCGAUUGGAUGCCUCCAAGUUUGUGACGGAGAUCCGCCGACCGGAUGCGGUUCGAUGUAAGGACAUAGGGAUUUGGUACCACAUUCUGAGUGGAAUAAGCAAAUUUGCUGUUAUUACCAAUGCGUUUGUGAUCUCCUUCACGUCUGAGUUUGUGCCACGAAUGGUGUACCAGUACAUGUACAGUGUGAAUGGUACUAUGGCGGGCUACACCGAGCACUCGUUGUCCUACUUCAACGUCAGCAACUUCGCACCAGGAUCUGCUCCCACCUCCACCUUGGUCACUGGAGUGUCCAUGUGCAGGUAUAAAGACUACAGAGAUCCUCCCUGGGCGCCUGAAGCAUACACCUUCUCUAAACAGUACUGGGCCAUGCUGGCUGCCAAACUGGCCUUUGUCAUUUUCUUCCAGAACCUGGCCAUGUUCCUGAGCCUGGUGGUGGCAUGGAUCAUCCCCGACGUGCCGCGCUCGCUCCGGGAUCAACUGAAGAAGGAAAACAUGAUGCUGAUGGAGUUUCUGGUGAACCACGACAAAAAGGAGCCCAACCGCAGCCCCAGGCACUUCCCUGAGUCCAUUCCCAACGUCCAUGUGGUCGUAGAAGCUCCAGCUGAGGACCAGGAGGAUGAGAAUGUGCUGGAGGAGGAGGCACUGAGCUUUGGAAACGACUACAUCCACCCAUCAGACAGUGACCCGGACAUCGUCAAGUCAUUUGCCCAAGCAGUAGAGGAGCAGCCAGACCACACAGAGCCAACAGAAGACAGUACUACAGACCAAGACUGUGGAAGAAACAGAGAAGCCAACCAACCACAAGAUUCUCAGGAGAGAGAGGAGUAUGUGAAAGAGCAAAUCGAGAAUGUGAAAGAGCAAACUGAGAAUGUAAAAGAGGAAGAGGAGGGCACGGAAAACCCAGGGGCAGAAAUUGUGGAUGUGGACGCUCUGAUGACCACGCUGGGGAUGUCAGAUGAACAGCCAUUGUCCAGCACAGCAGAGCCUCCUCACUCAGCCUCCACACAGCAGCACCAGAGGGAGCUCCAGAGUGAGCCCCAGUCCCCUGUGGAUGUCCCAUCUAAGACCAGUUCAGCCCACAGUCUGCAUGCCUCCAGGACACUAUCUGACACCUCAGACUGGAAACCCUACACCCUGAUCCACCCUCCUCCGCCUUCGGCAAAGGGCCGCUGCUCUACCCUGCCCUCCCGCCACCCAGGGGUGCAGACGUGUUACAGCCUGCCCCGGCCUAGCCACUCCAGCAGCCUCUCCAGGCUGCAGCAGACCCCCAUCCCUCUGCUCCCUCUGGGGGCAGAGUCCACUCCACCACAGUCCACCCCUCUGCUCCCUCUGGGUCCUGUGUCCACACAAGCACAGGCCCCACAGCAGCCGUCCAGGUCCCCUAGCUCAGGCCCCCUCCAAACUAGAGACUCCACUGAACUGUUCUGUUUGAAAGGCCCUCCUCCCCAGCCGCCGCGCUCCAGGGCAAAGAGUCGCUGCACCACUCUUCCUUCCCGACAGAGACCUCCAGGGCCAGAAGAGCAGAGCACAAGGCCCAGUCAUUCUACCAGCUUAUCCUCACUGGGAGAGCGCCUGCCCCCCUCCCCCAGUGAACUGAAGCGUAACAGCCCAGUGUGACUCGCAUACAGGAGGAGAGGAUCUGUACCUGCUCAGCACUGGAACUGUCAGGACUGUCAG